AUGUCUGGAUACGGAAAGACCAGAGGCAAAGCCAGAGCUAAGGCCAAGACUUGCUUUUCCAGAGCAGGUCUGGAGUUCCCAGUGGGUCGUGUCCACAGGCUAUUUUCACGGGGGAACAGAAUUGCGCACAACACCGGAGCCCCGGUCUACCUGGCCACUGUGUUGGAGUACCUGACCGCAGAGAUCCUGGAGCUGGCUGAAAACGCUGCCCGCGACAACAAGAAGACCAGGAUCAUCCCCCGUCACCUGCAGCUGACUGUCCGCAACGACGAGGAGCUCAACAAGCUGCUCGGAGGAGUCACCAUCGCUCAGGGAGGCGUUCUGCCCAACAUCCAGGCUGUGCUGCUGCCCAAGAAGACCGAGAAGCCCGCCAAGGCCAAGUAAACCUU